AUGGGACCUACCUCCCCAAAACCACCCAACAUUCCUUCGUCAACGUCAUCCCGUCUUCCCUCCAACAUUCCCCUCCGGACCCUACGACCCGGCCGUGACAACGACUCAGCUUCGGCAUCUCUGUUGUCUCGCCCAGGACGCCGCGACUACCGCCCCGGCGGUUCAAACUCCCAUCAUCGUGACCGUUCCUCCUCCUCCUCAGAGUCGGAAUCGUCGUGGACUGAUACGGGCGAUAUUGGCGAGCACAAAGACGAAAGCGACCCUCUGCGGCUGCAACUGGGCCAAGGCGUCGAGGACGAGCUGUUAGCUGGUGUCCAGCGACGACAACGUCGGCAGAAGAAAGUUCGAAUCCAAAACCCGUCACCAGACCGACGUCGUCGAUCUCCUUCGCCGUAUGGUCUUAUCGAGAAGGCCUCGAUCCAGGUCCCUGUGGUAGACAUUCCGCCUCCAUCUAGAACCUCUCGCUGCAUCGGAUUCAUCAUGUCGGGAGGUUAUGGCGCGGCCCAUGGCCUGACGGGCAAGGCCCUUCUGUAUUUCACCAGUAUUUUCGUGUCAUUAGGCGUGUUCUUGUUCGGUUAUGACCAAGGCGUGAUGUCUGGUGUUAUUGUUGGCCCGUACUUUAUUGAUUACUUUCAUCAACCUUCGAUGGCAACUGUAGGAACUAUGGUCGCUAUUCUGGAGAUUGGUGCUUUCAUCUCCUCUCUAGCUGUCGGCCGCAUUGGAGACAUCAUUGGCAGACGGAGGACUAUCUUUUAUGGUUCAUGCAUUUUCCUGGUUGGUGGUGCACUGCAGACGUUUGCUACGAAUAUGCCCAUCAUGAUGCUGGGGCGCCUGGUGGCUGGUUUCGGUGUCGGUGCCCUUUCGACAAUCGUCCCCGUGUACCAAUCCGAAAUUUCCCCUCCGCACAACCGAGGCAAGCUGGCAUGUAUUGAAUUCUCCGGGAACAUUAUAGGUUAUGCUUCUUCAGUUUGGGUGGAUUAUGGGUGCGGGUUUAUCAAAAGCGAUCUCUCGUGGCGCAUUCCUCUUCUGAUGCAAUGCAUCAUGGGAGGGCUUCUCGCUCUCGGUAGUUUGAUCAUUGUGGAAUCUCCCAGGUGGCUCCUCGACAACGACCAUGACGAAGAGGGCAUGGUGGUCAUCGCAAACCUCUAUGGCGGAGGUGAUAUACAUAACACCAAGGCCCGCGAAGAGUACCGUGACAUCAAGAUGAAUGUGCUGCUUCAGCGCCAAGAGGGCGAGCGAAGCUAUGCCGAAAUGUUCAAGAAGUAUAGAACGAGAGUGUUCAUCGCAAUGUCUGCCCAGGCUCUCGCUCAGCUCAACGGUAUCAAUGUUAUAUCCUACUACGCACCGUAUGUCUUUGCACAGGCUGGGUGGAAAGGACAUGAUGCUAUCUUGAUGACUGGCUUGAACUCAAUCACCUACUUCCUGUCAACAAUCCCACCCUGGUAUAUCGUUGAUAAAUGGGGCCGGCGCAUCAUCCUACUGACAGGUGCUAUCGCUAUGGCAUUCUCGCUCUCGAUGAUAUCAUACUUCAUCUUCCUGGAUGUUCCAUGGACUCCCAACCUCGUUGUUUUGUUCGUCAUGAUUUACAAUGCCGCAUUUGGUUACUCAUGGGGACCUAUUCCCUGGCUGUACCCCCCAGAGAUUCUGCCUCUCAGCAUUCGUUCCAAGGGUGCGAGCUUGUCCACUGCCACCAACUGGGCAUGCAACUGGCUCGUGGGUCAGAUGACGCCAAUUCUGAAAGACUUGAUCCAAUGGAGACUUUAUCUCAUUCACGCAUUUUUCUGCGUUCUUAGUUUUGUGAUCGUCUACUUCAUUUACCCAGAGACCUGUGGUGUUCGCCUGGAAGACAUGAACUCCCUUUUUGGAGAUGCCACCACUGUAGGCACACCAUCUAUCCAUGGAACUGAGACUGGCUCCCUGAUGCGACCGGGCUCCCCGAUCGGAUCUGCCCGUGGGAUAGGCUCAUCUGCGAUACCUGGAUUGCAAUUGGACCCCGAAAUGGAUAUCGACGCCAAAUCCCAGGGCCCCAAUGGCGAAGGUGACGAUAGAACUGUUACUGGUUGGCUGUCGCGCGUUGUUAACCGGGGUCGAGCCGGCAGCUCAGCAAGUGGUCAAGGCCGAUAUGCACCACUGGGCCAACAAGACGAUGGGUAUCGUAAUUAA